ACUCAAAGCCUUGACAUGAACAUAGACCCACAAACAAAGACAUAUAUAGAUGCGAGGGAUUGGAACACAAGGUGCAUGGAGACAAUCAACCAAAGGUUUGCUCAAUUGGAGCAGAUGAAUCUACAGAACGACAGGAACGAUAGCAACCAGAGCAACAGCAACCAGAACAAUGACAACCAGAACAAUAGCAACCAGAACAACAGCAACCAGAGCAGCAAUACUAGUCAGCCCACAAUAGAAAUUGACCAGCAAAAUUCAGCUGAGACACAAAGAAUCACAGGAAUUUCACAAGGUAAUUACCCUCCAUCCCCGGUCAUUAACGAAUUGAUAGCAAGAGUUAGUUUAGGUCAGGGGCACAAAAUAAUGGAUGAGACUAGUGCG